UUCUGACGUUAUCACAGCGCGACAGUAUGUUGUCAACACAAACGAAACGGUAGCUAGCUGCGCAGUGGCGACGUUUGCUUGAAAACCUUUGAUGGUUAAUAUUUGGAAGUGAAUGAGGUCCAACCCUCCGGUGCUGUUGUGUUAGCACCCCUGCUGCUGGAAUGGGCCAGCAGAUCUCAGGUCAGGCGGUGAUGACCCGUCUCCCUGAGAAGUUGGUGAAACAUGCCGGGCUGGUGCGGGACAGCAGCUAUCUCACCUACGAGGAGUUUCUGGCCAGAGUGGCUGAACUCAAUGAUGUGACUGCAAAGCUAGCUGCUGGGCAGCAGAAGCAUCUGCUGUUUGAGGUCCAGCCCGGAUCUGAUGCCACUGCCUUGUGGAAGGUGGCUGUCAGGGUUGUUUGUACCAAGAUCAACAAAGACACCGGCAUGGUGGAAGCGUCGCGUAUCAUGAACCUGUACCAGUUCAUCCACCUGUACCAUGACAUCACCAGUCAAGCUGCCGGUGUGUUGUCUGCAGAGGGCGCCACCGAGGCCUCCGCUGCUCAGCUUCCUGCUACCGACUCCUGUCAGGCCAGCAUGUGGAUGGGCAGAGUGAAGGAGUUGACCGAUGACGAGGAAUGCUGCAUCUGUAUGGACAGGAAAGCCGACCUCAUCCUGCCCUGCGCUCACAGUUUCUGCCAGAAGUGCAUUGAUAAAUGGAGCGGGCAGAGUCGAAACUGCCCCAUGUGUCGCUUGCAAGUGACCGCCGCCAACGACUCGUGGGUAAUGUCCGACUUCCCCACCGAGAACGACAUGGCGGGAUACAUCCUCAACCUGGCGGAUGAGGCAGGCCACCCUCACCGGCCUUAACGUACACUCAGAGGGGACGCCACCUGUACCAAGUACUCAUUAUCAAAAAAAAAAAAAAACAUGUCACCUUCACUGGAGAAAAUAUUUGACAUUUGCACAUCCACUCUCUUGUUUCCGAUGUGAUGUAGACGUGGUGCAUCAUGGGAAACGUCUGUGUUUGUAAUAUGUCCUGUGACACACACUGUACAAGGUAACACAACAUAGAAACUGUGACAUUAUUGUAUUGGGCAGCGAACACAGGGCACAGUUCAAAAUAGUAUGACCUUUUAAUUCUGAUUACCUUUUUUCUCAUCCAAUCAUGCAUUGGAGCAGCCCUUGUUUUUGGAGUCUGAUUGUUUUGGAACAACAAAGUCACAGAACAGAUUGUGUUCAACUUUGGGGGUUCCACAUGGAGUGGAGGAUGCCCGGUUGGAUACUUUGUGGUUGUCUACAACCAAAGCUGUGAUUGGAAGUAACGAACAGUGCUGGAUUUUUAGGGAAGCAUCAUAUUUACUCCCAAAGAGCAAAGGAAGCCAUCCCUUCCCUGAUGAGCUUCGUUAUGUGAAGCAGUUGAUGAUAGGACCUUAUGACAUUUAUUGUGAAGGGCAUGACAAACUGUGGCCUACUCAUUCUUUUACACUCCCCUUCAAAAGUGUUCCCAAACUUUUGGAGGGGAGUGUACAUCUCAUUUACUUGUAUUCCAUGCUGUUUUUCUUCAUAUGAUCUGCUAAUGAAGUACUGUAGUUGAGACAUUGCUGAGGUUUAAGAAGAACAGACCAGCAGUAAUAUUAAUGCUCAAAUCUCAUUUGUUAUUUCCAUUUUAGGUGACAUGUGAUGAAAAGAAUUCAUUUUGUUAUGGUUUAGUUUUGCUGUUUCAAUUUCAAUUACACAUUAACGUGCAUGUUAACAAGUAUACAACUUUACUGCUGCAAUUAUUCAAGCUGACAUUGUUUCUACACAGGAGUCAUUUAGCUUAAAUAUAUUUUGUGUGGAUUUAAUGUAUAUAUUAUAUUUUUUUAAAUGAUUAUUUUAUUUGACCCAGAUAGUUUUUGGUCAUCAAGGCUGACCAGUGACACUUUGCUGUACUUUUCUUGUCGUUUGCACUACAGUAAGCAUAUACAAAUAUUUAUUUGCUCAGACAGUUUUACAGUAGCAGAUCAGCACAGAUUACAAAUAUCAAAGGAAGUAUAUCUGUUGUUCGACAAAUUGAUUAUUCCCUUGCUUUUAAUUUGCGUACAGGCAAGCGUAACGCAACGUUCCAACCAUCAGGUGGCAGCAUUUGCCUAAUACUGUACUGUACAUUCACAUUAACCAGUGGUGUCAAACCCGUGCCAUGGAGGGCGGAGACACUGCAAGGCUUUCUUUCCAGCCGGGCACGAAAGCAGGUGAUUUUAAUGAUCAUCACCUUCAAUUUGAGGGAAGGCGCUCAUCAAUUAAAUCACCUGCUGGAGAAACUGUUUGGGGAGGAAACCCUAAAGUGGCUCUGUCCUCCGUGCCACGAGUUUGACACGUGCAUUAACCAUUCGAAAAAUACUGAUUUGCUUUUAAUGUGUGACGAUGACAUAAUUAUCUCUGUAUUAUCACCAAUAAAGACACUUUAUUUGCACCUAAAGACUUUGUGGCAGUGUUUCUAACAUAAUACAAUUGCGUUUGCUUCAGUAAAUUUGAAUAAAAGGCACAAUGUACCAAAUAAAACCCAUCACUUCCUGAUUUGAUUAAUGACGUCUGUUGUGUGUCAAAUAUCAGCAGUAUAUUUACGGUAUAAGGACGUCACCCUCGUAUCUAAUGAGUGACUAAAAACUCCUUAAAGAACAUUAAUUAUCAUUUCUAAUUCG